GCGUGGCUGGAUCUUUCUCAAAUCAGCUUAUCCAGGGUCAGCAGCCAUGGCCAGCCUGCAGCAGGAGUACCCCGAGGUCCUCCUGGGAAUCCUGGAGGAGCUGGCCAACAUGCGGCAGUGGCUGACCUUUCAGGAUCUUUGUCGUAUGGUCAGCACUCGUUUUGACUUGGAGCACCUGAUUGAACUCAGGAGUUUGCUUUACGCUGCUGCCAGCCGGGACCCUUGUUUCCCAGCGACUCUGUUCCGAGACCGCGUUUCCACCAGAGGUCAGGGGCUUUCUCCCAUAGGUGUCGCUGCUGACAUUGUGACAAUCUUCAAUCUCAUUCAAAUGACGGGAGGGUCGACUGAUGACAGAGGGAAAGCUGUCCAGCCAGUGGACCAGUCUCCAGGCCCCAGUCUGCCUGGCAUCCAGCCACCAAACACCUUUAGCCGGGAAAGAGCACGUGCCCACUCUGAUUCCAGUAGCAGGCUAAUCGACGAACACUUGUUAUUUCCGAGUUACCCCUCCCGCAAGAGGGCGAGUCUUCCCCCCGAUCCUCUCUCUCUAAUGACGACCCCUCCCGCCAGAGCAAGAGCAGUGUCUUUCGAUCUUCCUCACACCACCUUUUUAUACUCGAGUGGUCAGGUUCCCAACGAGAUCAUGAAAAAUAUGUACUUGCCUUUGGAGACGGACAGUGAGUCAAGUGGGGACUCCGCCCCCAUUGAGGUUUUUGAACCUGAACAAGAGUCUGCUGUUGACCAAAAGAGGAACAUUUUUAGGAAGGACUUCCACAACCAGCCUCCUCUCCUACCACAGGUAACCGUGAACAGUGAGUCUCCGAGUCCUAACCCAGAUAAAAAAAGCUUUGACAAUCCCAGUUUUGAGACGAUCCCCAAUCCCUACCCUUCACCUAAAGCCUCCAACCAGUCUCCAGAGCAACGCGCCAAACAUGAAAGUAUCGAUGACCUACAAGACUCAACAUAUUUUGGACCUGGGUCAGUCUCACAGAAGUCGCCCCGACACCUCCAGCCUCCCAGGAGUCAGAAACCGAUCUGGACCAACAAGAGUCACAGUCUGGAGGAUCAGAUAGGACUUGGAAGAUCAAGGCUGGGGAUGGAAUCGAAGAGUGGACAACUUCCAAGACGGUCAACACCGACUAUAAGCAAUUUGGGUGGGUCCUCCGGGGGCGAGAGCGCAGAUAGCGGCCUGCCUGGAGGCAGCGACCAGGUCAGGGCACAAGGGACACAGACUGAUCCUCCAGACACGAGGCGCCUACGUAGCCUUGUCCACGCCGACCGCUUGUCCUUCAUGACUUCACUGGAUGACCCUGAGUUAGCUGAAGAUGACAUCAGCGCCAUAUUCCGUUUUUUAGACGACAUAAGCAUGUGUGGUUCAACAGGAGUCUUGCAUGCUACCGACGGUACUGGAGGUCUGAACCCUGACUCGCACGAGGCCAGAAGGGGACGCCUUGGACAACUCCAGCGGCUGUUUCACUCUCUGGAGAGCAGCGAUGACGGACUCAAGGCCAGCGUCUGUAAGCUACUGCUCCGCAUGAGUCAGAUAGAAAGACAACUGGAGUCCCUGAAUGAUGUAAAAGCAGAGAUUUCACAAGUGCUCUCUGCCCUUCAGCGGCUGGAUGAAAAGAUUCAGCAGCCCAUUGUUGCUGGUGAACAAAGCACCGGGGGAAGAUGGCUGGAGCCUCUCAGUGGGGUCUCCUCCUUCAUGAGCCACCCAGUCACCCCCUCAGAGUUGUCCGAGCCUCAACCUCUGUCUGUGUCAGGAAACUUGUAUCCAGGCACUAGCAGCAGCAGUCUGGAGUGGAGCAGAUGGAACAAUUCAGGCGAGCAACCAGACAACAGCAAAGGGCCGGUGAACGCCAGAGUGAAAGACGGGACCAAGGAAUUGUCUUGUCGUGGCACCAAAGUCGAGUCAAAUGGAAAAAAUGGGCCGGAUUCCAAGCAACCAAAUAAGUCCAACACUCCGCGGGACUGGACUGUGUCAUUUUCAAAAGGCAAAGUUGGGAAAUCCUCUAUCGGAAAACCUGGAAAGGUAGAUCAGUCGAGCAGCACAACAAACCUCCUCGCCCAAAAGCCCUCUCUCAUCGACCAGAUGUUGAACUCAUCCUUGUUUCGCCACAAAGACAGCAGCCUGUCAGGUGGGCUCACAUCUGGGAGGAUUUUGGACUCAGCUGAGGCGAGAGCCCGACCCAUCUGGACCGUAGAUGACCGGGAAGCACGGAUCUCUCCGUUUGACUUACAGACUUCGGAGUCUCUGAAUCCCAACAACGUGGAGUUCUGGAUGGAUGAUGUCUACACUCCCGGUUAUGACGCUCUGCUCAGACGAAAAGAGGCCGACAUGCGGCGGGCGAAGGUCUGCAAGGUGGCUGCACUGGUCGCCAUUAUUGUAGCCGUCAUUCUCAUCAUUGUCAUCAUCCUCUGCACUUUGCUCUCCUGAUCUAUUGGAGUGUUUAUCAUCAGGUGAUUCUUUUGUAACGUGUCUGGGAGCCUGCAAAUCAUUCACAGAUAGUCAACUUUAACUGAAUGGGCUGAUCACUAACUAUCAAAGGUACGUCUUUUAGCUUUCCUUGCAUGCAACGCUCUUAUUCACAACCAGGAAAUUCAAUCAUUUUACAAUUGUUGUAGUGGUUUCAUAUGAGUUUGACAUUAGUUGGCGACAUAAAAUUGAGGUCGAUUGUUAUUUUGUACCUUACCAAGAAUAUGACCUGCAAAUUUUAUUCUUAUAUUUUCUUAAACUUCUUCAUUAAUAUAUUGACUCAUACAUUUUCUGCUGCUAAUCCCUGCUUUGCGAGAGUUGCAGGAGGCUGGAAAAAGUUAUAGUAGUCACUGUACUGUAGUUCAUAACAUUCCCCGACCACCUAUGAUCAUUGGUUUGCCAUGUCUGCAGAACGCGGCUGCCAAAUAAGUAUAUGUAUCAUCAGGAUAAAUGUCACAACUCAAAUAUACAAGCUCAUUUAAUAUCAAAUAUCCAGGUAGGCAAUAAGAUACACUGCUAGAGAUACAAUCAAUAAAGAUCAUAUUUUUAUAUAGUUGCCAUCACAUUUCUCAAACUGUAGAAUAAUGCGUGUGGUGUUUACAAGCGUCAGGUUACGAGGAUGGAGCAUUACAGUCUUGUAACUGAUACUGUUUUGGCCAUAGUGCUGUACUUAUGAAGAGGGGGCCAUUUCCUGGAAACACUCUGUACGUGGGAGAUUCCUCUUGUAAUUCAAUUGAUGGAAUAUUUGAAGUGCCCGUUGCCAUUUUAGCUACUCAGCCAGGGCCUCUCCACCUUUGCUCAGGCGCUCUCAACAUCAUGAGUUGCAUUAGUGCUUCCUUCAUAAACCAUGACGCUGGUUUUAACAGCUAGGUUCCGUUUCUAGACGACUCAUCUGUAUAUAGUUUGUAAACAGAGUCAAUCAAGGUGCCACAGCAAUGUUGAUCAAAACUUGCUUGUUAUGAAUGUUAUUAACAGAUGUUUAUUUUGUCUAAAGUGCAGUGCAUCUGUCCUGCCCUGAGAAACCGUCAUCAGGAGUCGAAUUACAAUGAGGUGAUAACAUGAGUUUACUGGAUUGUUCAAAGAAAAGGUCCUUAUUUUUUUAAUUUUUUUGCAAGAUAUAAAAACGUAACGUACAAUCUACAAUGUAUGAGGCACAUAGUAUAUUGCUUGUGUUGUCGCAAUACCAAUAUGUCAGUAUUCAGAACCAGUACCAGUAAUUUCCCCCUGAUUUUCGAUACUGAUUCUAUACAACAUAAAAGUACUUCAAGUUCCUUACUUAAUAAAAAAAAUGUUUCAAUGUGUCUUCUGUAAGUAAUUGUACUUUACCUUUCUCCUGGUUAUUCUCUGACUGAUGCUGUAAAGAAGAAAAAAGAAGUUUAGUUCAGAACUGGUGCAUUGAGAUUCAUAUAGCACAAGUGAUAGAAACUGAAACUCUCUCAAUCUUUUAAGGAGACGCCGUAGCUGUCUUCAGGUGUUUCCCCAAGUCUUUCUCAGUUUUAGUGAGCUUAAGAAUACCCAGCAUCCAAUCGCUUAGAAUCCAAAGUGUUUCCUCAAGUAAAUACAAUUACCUGGUUUAUUGAUAAGUCGAUGCAUUUUCACUGCACCUCCGUUUUUAUUGAAAAAGAUGGCCGGUAGUCUCCCUGCCCCCGUUGGCGUGGCGAAUCAUCAGGAUGUAUAUUCGGUGCAGAAAGAGGCUGGUAUCGUUGUAUUCUUUUGCGUGUUGAUACCGAAGUAUCAGCGGAUUCAUACAAAGUGAAGAUGCACACCUCACCGCAUAUUUGACCGUCAUUUUUCUUCAUAACUUUAUUGUGUAUGUGUACACAAAUAUGUUGUGUAUUAAAUUUGUAUAGCUUCAACGCAUCCAGAGGAGAUGAAUAUCUGCUGAGAGUUUCCCAUGAGGGUAUUUGUCCAUCCAUUAACACUGGUGCCACAGAGGAAUGCAGUCAGCACAUCUGAGUGCUUCCUUUCAAAGUUCUAUGCAUUGCGUCCCUUACCUAAGUCAACAUAAUGCAAUUUGGUUAUUGUUUUGUAAACUAAACUUGUCAACAGUGAGGCAAGACAAGACUGUAAAAACUGGAUGCUAUUUCUUGCAAAUGACUAAUGCUGGAUGUGCAUAUUGAGUUCUCAUGCCUGUGUGAAUAAACUCUGUUGCUA